UGUGGCUUAACGUAAGUUAGCCUGUACGUACGAUCCGAUUAAAGUUGAGUAAAGGCCUACUUUCGUUUUUCAUUUCAAGACAGAUCUAGAUCUAGAUCUACUACUAAUUUUAUGACUUAAAAAUUAAAAAUAAGCAAGGUCUUUAAAAAUGAAUAAAUUUGGAGCAUAUAUCUUCAACAAAAAUAUACAGUCAGCUUGCAGAUUUAAUUUUGUUCGUGUUUUUUCCCAACAAAAAAAGUACGACUUUGAUGAACUUGUCAAAGGAAAAAAAAUUGUUGUGUUUAUGAAGGGCACACCUGAAGCUCCUCGAUGCGGAUUUAGUAAUGCUGUUUGUCAAAUAUUAAAAUUUCAUGGUGUCAAUAAAUUUGAAUCUUUUGACGUUCUCUCUGAUGAUGAAUUACGAGAAGGAAUAAAGAAAUUCACCAAUUGGCCUACAAUUCCUCAAGUUUUCUUCAAUGGUGAAUUUGUUGGAGGGUGUGACAUCAUGCUUGAUAUGCACAAAAAUGGAGACCUCAUUGAAGAGCUAAAAAAAGUAGGAAUUCGAUCUGUACUUUUGGAUUCUGGUGAUGACAGUAGCAUUAGCAAUAAAAAGUCAUGAAACACCGUUUCAAGAUUUAUUUUUUCAUACUUGUAUAUAUUUUUGGCAACAGAUCAACAUAUGCCCUUAAAAAGUAUAGCUUAAAUAAAAGUGAGCUGUGUUCCAAACAGAUGCUAUAAAUAUUUUUUUCUACUAAAUUUUUAAUAACACUGAAGUUACUAAAAUAGAUAUUUAAAGUUAUGGUAUACUAUUACUUGCAUUAAAAAAGGAUGCUUUUAUGUUUCAACUGCUGUAUGACUGAUAUACCUUCUAUUUUCACACUAAUUAGCAGUGGUGAAUUCAGCUGCUGUUAGUGUGACUAAUAGAGCACUGUAGAGUUACAAAUACAUUGUGUAUAUUUGAAAAUUUUUUGUUUCUAUUUGAUGUGACAGAAAAAUUAAUCAUACUCUUUUUCUUAUGAUAUUUGUGUUCCUCAUACUUUAAAUUUAGUUUUAAUUGGUUAAUUGUAAUUUAUAACCAGUUUGUGACGAUUGUUUCUGGAGAAUAAAAUUAUCAGCUGAAGUG